AUGUUAUUUGGAGAAUGUUUUCUUGAUUUGUUACUAUUUCAUCUUUUUGUACACAGGAAAUUAAAUGUUCGAGUGAAUAUUGAGCUACUGUCGAUUUCUAAUCCUGUUCAUAAAAAGGAUUUGGCUGUUCGAUUGACUGAUGAUACUGAUCCUUUUUUCCUUUAUAACCUUGUCAUAUCUGAGGAAGAUUUUCAAAGUUUAAAAUCCCAACAAGGUCUCUUGGUAGACUUCUCUGCUUUCCCACAAAAAUUUAUAGAUCUGCUUCAGCAGUGCAUUCAGGAACAGAACAAAGAUAUCCCAAGGUUUUUGCUGCAGUUAGUUUCUUCAGCAUCUGUUCUAGAUCACACACCUGUCUCUUUAAAUGUAGUGGAGACCAACCCUUUUAAACAUCUUACCCAUCUCUCGCUAAAAUUCCUACCAGGAAAUGAUGCAGAAAUAAAGAAGUUUUUAGCCAGCUGUUUGAAGUGCCUUAAGGAAGACAAAAUGAUGUUGGAAGAAAAACUUAGAAAAACUGAAGAGGAUCUUACCAGACAACUGAGCUACACUCAACAGAGCUUGUCAGAGAAGAGCCGAGAACUAGACAAACUGAAAAAUGAAUGGACAUCAUGCACUACAGCUCUAACAAACAAACACACGCAGGAGCUGACAAAUGAAAAGGAAAGAGCUCUCCAGGCACAAGCUCAGUACCAACAACAGUUUGAACAACAGAAAAAGGAAUUAGAAAAUUUGCAUCAGAAAAGUAUUCAACAGUUGCAGAACAGACUCUCGGAACUCGAGGUCAUCAAUAAAGAUCUAACAGAAAGGAGAUACAAAGGAGACUCUACAGUCAGAGAACUGAAAGCAAAGCUUUCUGGAAUAGAAGAUGAAUGUCAAAGAGCAAAGCAGGAGGUGCUGUCCCUGCGUCGGGAGAACACUACUCUGGAUGCAGAAUGUCAUGAAAAAGAGAAACUCAUUAAUCAGCUGCAGACACGGGUUGCUGUUCUGGACCAAGAGAUCAAAGAUAAAGAUCAGCUAGUUAUUAGAACAAAAGAAGUAUUAGAUGCGACACAAGAACAAAAGGUCAUACUGGAAGAGAGUACAGAGAAAAAACAAAGUCAUAUUGAAAAACUAGAGACAACAAUUAAGUCGCUGUCAGCCGAACUUCUUAAGGCUAAUGAAAUUAUCAAGAAGUUACAAGGAGAUUUGAAAACUCUAAUGAGUAAAUUAAAAUUGAAAAAUACAGUAACAAUUCAACAGGAAAAACUAUUGGCAGAAAAAGAAGAGAGACUUCAAAAAGAGCAGAGAGAAUUGCAGGAGACGGGACAAUCUCUUCGAAUGAAAGAGCAGGAGGUUUGCAAACUACAAGAACAGCUAGAAACUACAAUACAAAAACUAGAAGAAAGUAAGCAGUUACUGAAAACCAACGAAAAUGUAAUCACAUGGUUAAACAAACAGCUGAAUGAAAUUCAGACGGCAAAGAAGCUAGAAACUUCUGCCAGUACACAUGGUGGUGUUAGGACUGCCAUUUCACCUCAUGGCAUGCCUGACCGACCAUCCUUUCCCAGCUCAGGAAUCAAUCAUCCCUUUUCUCCUGUGUAUGCCUUCCAGAACUUUCCGGAACCAGCACACAACAAACAUGUCAAUUCGCAUUGUCCAGUACCAAAGAUUCAGUUUAACACACAGCUUUCUAAAACGAAUCGGUGUUCAGAUGUUCAGACAGUGAGUGCAACUAGUCAUCCAGCAAAUAAGGAGAAUGGUGAUAAUUUAGAGCUGGAAUCAAAGUAUUUGAAGAAAAAAGAUGACAGCAUUCCUUUACGAGGGCUUAGUCAAAAUACACUUAACUCAGAAUAUCUGAAACCAUACUUAUCAACAAAAGUCCAACCGUCACCAAAAGCUGCAGUAACACCAGCCUCAGCUUAUUUUCCUGGAUAG